AUGAAUUCACGUGUCCAAACCGUUAUUGCCUUCUUCGGGCUCUUAUGUUUUCUGGUUCUCUGGAAUCAACGGUGGAUAGGUGGUUGGUGGCAUUACCGGAACGAGUACAAUCUUGCAGUCCAUGGAGCGAGCAGCAUAGGUCCAGUGUGCUAUCAUACUCUGAGAGAAGAGAAUAUCUGGAACAGAGUGCUGUCCAAUGGAGACUGGUACUUCGUAACGGACUGCCGAGGAAACAGAGAUGGACACGAAGUUCUCGUACCUGGCCUGAACAACUCGACUCCACCUAUCAAGGAAUCGAGUACACCUGUCAAGGUGCCUACUACACACAUUAAGGAAUCUACACCUGUCAAGAAAUCCACUAAUCCUGUCAAGAAACCGACUGCACCGAUCAACGAACCUAUACCUAUCAAGGAAUCGACGGCACCUGUCAAAGAUCAUACAGAUGUCGAGGAACAUACAGAUGUCGAGGAACCUGUAGCCACGGGGAAUAAUCCGACCGAUUCCAUAGAUAGCGCAACUGCAGCCGCCAAGGAACCUGUAGAUCUAGUGGAUGAUUCGACUUGGGUUGGAGACAACUCAAAAGAUCCAGAAAAUCCUCGCCCAGUCAACCCAGACAGCUUAUGGACGCUGAUUCAUGACUCCACUCGUAAAUUCGCUGCUUUUCUGGGGAGCUACCUAGAGCCAGCAGCCGUGCGAGCAUGGUUUACUCGUACUCGUGUCUCUUUCUCAGAAGGGUUCUCUCGUAUAAUCUAUGACAAAAAGAUCUGGGGAACAUCCACUAUCGCUGAAACUUUCACGGAGUAUACAACUGGGUCCAAUUACAACGUAGAGUGGUUUUCACGGGCUGCUAACUGGCUUCAAAGCCGAUCAAUGCCAGACUGGUUUCCAACUACAUUCCCAGGUCUUCCCAUGAGUCAGAUCUGGGCACUUGUGGUCUCAAUCAUAUCUUUCCUGCUACAGCGCCUUGGUCAGUUGCAAUCGUAUGAGUACAGCAUUUUCGCAGGACCCUGGUUCCCAGUCUGUAUCGCUGAGUUGUUGCCUUCACUUUAUGCUGAACUUCCCGCUGAGGUGCAAACUUUCAUGCACACUGUAUCAAUCUCUCUUCUCUCUCCGGUUCCAUAUCUUGGAAUCAGCCUUUUGGCUGCAAUCAUCCUUGCUCUCCUUUUGGUCGGCUACAGUUAUUUUGCUUCUCACGUUAUCGACCAAGCCUUCUAUGGUGGAGGGCAUGCUCGAGAUAACUUGCUCUGGAGAACGCUGCCCAACUUACUCCACUUCGGUCGCGUCAAUUAUGCGCUUGUCCAAUGGACUUGGAUAGGCCUCAUUCAAGGAAUAGUUACCAGCCUCAUCAUGGGAUUCUGGGGAAUAUUCCAGGGUACAGUCUGGCUUGGAAGGCUCCCUUCUAUCUGGACAAUAAAUCUAUCGACUCAAAUUUGGGCCGUGGUAGCUGUUGGUUACUGCGUAUUCUUUUUCAUCUUUGCGCCAGUCGCCCUUCUGGUCUCAAGAUAUCCGGUAACCCCAGUAAACAUACUCACCGGAUUCGCGAUUCCUCCAGCAUUAAUAAUAUUGAGUCUGUUGAUCAUUGGUGCAGUCACUCAAGUUGGCUUUGUAGUCAUCUGUAUUUUGUACUUUGCCACCAUACAACUUCCGCGACUCGUGUAUUACACUUGGCCGCACGUUCUUAUUGAUCUACCUACUCGUCCACAGCAACAGAUCUACGCAGGUAGAGUCACGAGGGUCUCUAUUUAUGUAGCUGGUGCCUACAUUGCUGUUAUGGUGAUUCAAGCCCUAUCGAAUCUUUCCAUCACGGUCCCAUUACCAUUCUUCAUCUCAAUUACCGGAUUUAUCAUCUAUGUUGGCAUCAGACGCCAAUUUCAUGGCCGAUGCCUUGGAUUUGUACCUAUGUCAUUGGUUCUAGGCAUGGCAGCGACUAUCAAUGGAGCUUUGGAAGCCUUGACAAUCGUUUGUUUCGUUCUUCUCAACGUCUUUGGUCACGUUCUUAUCGCAGCAUUUCUCUCGAGAACGUUUUCGACAUCUUUAAUGUUCUUUGAAGCAAGAAGGAGCACCAGCUCAGCCAUUGUAUACAGUUCUCUGGCAUGGCUGGGGCAUCAUGCUUUGAGAAGGCUGCCUAACCUUGGUACGAUAGUGGUGGCACAGCUUUAUCGUCUUACUGGAACCUCCUUCUACUUAGCUUUGUUACCUGAUAGGAUCCCUGAGAAAAUCGCAACAAAGGUUGAGACAGAUGUCGUUCCUCUUCAGCGGAACGCGGCUCGAAUCACGCCUCUGAUAGUCUGGAUUGUGUUGUUGAAUCGAAUUUUCUACUGGGGUGCAGCUUCGUCGUUCAUAACAAAGCUGUUUCUGUCGUGGGUGGCAUUCUUUGUCAUCAAAGCAAAGGGGGAAACUCCAAUUCAUCCCGCGAUUCCCAGUUUGAAUCGAUUGGCCACAAAGAUGAUCCGAACCUGGGGUACAGUAUUACUACUCAGCGAGGCCGAAACCUUAACCGCAGUGUUUUAUCUUGCUAAGAACAUAGCUGUGGAUCUCUUGACGGCAUUCGAAAGCAAUACCAGUUUCUUCUCCAAUGCCACGAUAAUAUUCAGGGGUAUCUUAACAACUUUCCCCACUUUCGUAUAUUACUUGGCAUUUGGAUCUGCAAUUCUGGCACUAUACUUGGUCUCCAGUAGCUCGAUAUGGAAACGCGCUCUAGGAUAUAGUUCUCUUCUUGGAGCUAUUGUGUUUUCGGACCAGACAGAUUUUAAGCUUACCAUCAUAAACACAGUAGGGUCUGUUUUUAUGGUCAAUAUUAUAACAUACUUCUAUCCAUACUUACUGCCCAACCGCCCAAGCGCUGGAACAGUCAUACUCGGCCUCGUCAUGGCAUCUCUAGCAGUACAGGACAAGUUAGAUACCGCUAGUGCUUUUUACCGUCGAGCUAUCAAUUUCAUCACCAGGCUCCCGGGACUGGUAAUCCAACAUGUGACAGCUGCUCUCAAAUUCUUCAUUGGGGUCUAUUGGUGGCCAUCCGCUCUAUCUGCAAUUGCAAUUGGACUCCCUAUGAUUUACGUGGGACUAGAGGUUGUUAGCACGACGUCUCUUUUAAGUCUUUUUCUUAAUGGAUUAGGGCUAACGUUGUGUUUUGAUCCUGCGGAGGAUGGGAAUGUUAAUGCGGAGGACAAUUUAGAGGCCUUGCAAGAAAGAGCCCGCAAUGCUGAGACCAGUUUGAGGGACGUGGAACAAAGACUUGAGGAUUGUAGGGCAAACAGGGAUGUAAACAGUACAGAGGAAAGUGCAUCAGAUUCUACGGUAGAAGAACAACUGUUGUCUGAAAAUCAGAGUUUACGAGAUGAAAUACAAAGGUUGCGGGACCAAUCAGACCAAAACGACCCUGAAUCCUCGAAUGAGGCCGAUCCCACAGAUAAGGCGGCUCUAAGGCGGAUACGGCAGCGUCUAAUCCAUGCAAUGAAAGAAAUCAAGGAAUUAAAGACCAAGGUUUCUCCCGAUUCUGAUAGAAUGAUCAUAGACGAGACUACUGCCGCCGGAAUGUUAGCGAAAGUUCGUCUUGCAGUAGGAAACUGUCUUGGCGAGAUGUCUGAGGCAGUCCCUGAGAAUGAACUCAGUAUCCAAAAAGCGGUGGAGUUUAUUUACGAAGUUCUUCGAGGAAUCCCAACUUUAGGGGAGAACCUCAUGAGAGAGGAGACCAAGAUGCGGAGAAGCCAACUCGAGUUGGGAAAGUCCAGAGAAAGGGUUUUGCAACUGGAGAGUGUGCUCCGUACAUUGAAUAUGGAAGCACGCCUGGCCUCCUUCAGGGUGAACUCGAAGCAGUCGGCGUCCCACUACGACGCCGCAGAGUAUAUCAGGGACACCGCUGACCUUCUGAUCGGUCUUAAGAAGCAAUGCCAGGACUCUUACUUGGCCUUGGAAGGAGUGGGGCUGCAUCCUGACAUCGGGCCAUUGCAAUUCAUUCAGCAGUGUACAUCAAGGAUCAAGCACUUGAAUGAUAAAGUUGACCAAAACUUCAAGUUCAGAAACACUAUACUAGAGAAUCGAGAAGUGAUGCUAGCCUAUCUCCAAGAUGAAAAUAUCAAACUGCAGACCGAGAUGGAACGGCCGACCCCAGAGCUCGAGCAGACUCGAAACGAAAUUAGAAUUCUGAGGCUAACUUCAAUGGAUGCAGCUAUGAGGCAUGGCUCGAGAGCUAAACUGACAGUCGAAGAGUCUGAAACCAGACGCUCCAGGUAUAAUUUCAUGGUCUUGGCAUUUACAAAACUCAUCGAGUUCGUAAAAGCUAUUCCUAAGCAGUACCCAAAAAGUAUACUUCCUCAGUGGAUAGAACGACAGGUUGUCCCCGAAACUUGUGAAAAAGACUCUCUAGUAGUGGGGCUGGAAGACAUUCAAGAGCUUCGACUCAGAUCCAUUGAACUCCUUCUUUAUGUUCAAGACAAGGAUUGGCCGGGCUCGCGGCCAAAUUGGAUACCUUCUGGCGAGGCCAAGGAAGUUGAUGAUCAUGGAAGACUUCUGCAGGAAAUCUCGAAACAAGUUUCUGCUGCCCUUGUGGAAGCAGAAGUCGAGAUGUCCGGGGCUGGUUAUGAAGAUCCAAAAACUCAACCUGCUGGGAGUAAUGGGACGACAGCAUCGCGGAUGAGAGACCGGAGAAAGAAAUUUGCUAUUAGAGAGUCUUUGAAGUCUCGGACAUCUAGGUCUUAUCACAUGAAGCCUUCACCUUCAGGGUUUAUUCCUCCGGUCUCACGGGAUCCGAGACCAUAUGGUGGUGUCUCGGCGGACUUUGGAUUUACCAACCCUCAUGAAUUUUGGUCUACGUCCUUUUUGGAUUUUCACCACCAUCAACCGAAGUCCUCUUAUUUCACAACGGUUGAGGACGAUGAUGAUCUUUCCGACGAAGUAGACAUUGCCAUUGGCAGAAAGUGGAGAGUUGUUCCAGCUGCCAUCAGCUACUACGAUCGCAUGGUCGCUCUUCAUGUUUGUCUCAAAACAAACAAUAUCUCAAUUUCCGACUGGAAAUUACCUAGCCGAGGGACCAUUGAUAAGAUUCGACCUCAAGCAGCAAUAUUCACUGAUAAAGAUAUUAUCCUCUCUCAGAUUGACUUUAUGAAAGAAAGGAUUGUUCCUCUAGAAGUCAUUUGGGAAGAAAAUGAAGGGGUGCUUGGGAAAUUGGAACGACCAAUUUGGGAGCUUGAGACAGGAGACACUGAUCUAUCUUCUCGUGAAGAAAUCAAGAGAGUUUCCCAGGAAUGGCAAGACAAUCCAGACGCGCAGCUACGCUACGUCCAUAUGAAAUGGCUGCAUGCAAGAAUGAGCGAUCAACUUACUCCGCCUCCAAAACGGGAUCUACCUUCUUCCGAGGAUGUUGAUAAAGUCAGACCAGACAAAACACCAUAUUCCCCGGGCGACGUAGUACUCUCUCAAAUCACGUUCCUGAUAGUCGAGAUUACAUACUUAGAAGAUCUGUGGCAACUUAACACGGGAAUCCUUGGGGCAUUGCCACGAUCUGCAUGGCAAGACGCGGAUCAAGUUCUGGACCCGAUUUCGAGUAUAAGUAAAAACAAGCAAUUGAUCAAGCGCUGUCAAGAGCAGGAAGUAAAGAUCCGGGGGCUAGAGCUGCUCUUGACGAUCGAUGGCAUUGCAGGUUGGGCUGCCGCAGAUCCACUCGAUGCCUCCAUAUCUCCAAUGUCAAGGACUUCCGAACUGGAAGCAAAGCUUCAGUCUUUAAUUGCAUUGAAUUCCGAUCGACAAGCGUUGCUUAAUUCCAGCAGUGGAGGAUCAAAAGCAGACACUCCGGUGGAGGAAUGGAAUAAAGCAAAUGAAGAUCCGUUGCAAAGAGGUAUAAUGUCGCGGUCAGAGCUUGUACUGCGUCGUCCAGUACUAGCAGGGUACAUUGAACGUGUCAGUCGAGAGAUUGUUGAUAAAAAUGCUUCGGCAGGUGCCGAAAUAAACGAACAUCGUAGAGUGUACUUGGUUGGGUAUUUGGAACAGAUAGAGAAGUUGAGAAAGAUGGGCCCUAGCGAAAAAAAGGACGAUGAUGCGGGGUCGAAUGAUUCCGAGGAGCUUUGA